AUGCCGGAAGAUACGAAGAAAAUAGACCUACCCUCACCCGGUGACUCACAGCCAGUGUUCUCCAAAGACUGCCAAACUGUGAACCCUAUCCCAGUAGACGAGGUCGGGCUUCGACGAGUUCCAGACCGCAUUCCAUGGGUUGUUAUGCUCGUGCUUAUCGUCGAACUGGGCGAACGGUUCACCUACUUUGGGCUCAGUGGGCCGUUGCAGAAUUAUAUCAAAAACCCAUAUGAUCCAAGUGCAGAGCUACCAGGUGCACUGGCGAAAGGCCAAUCAAUCGCUACAGCCUUGGGCAAUUUCUUCAAGUUCUGGGCUUACGCAUCCACAGUCAUCGGUGCCAUAGUUGCAGACCAAUAUAUUGGGAAGUUCAAAGCGAUUCUUGUCGCCUGCGGAGUGUAUAUAGUGGGCCUUGUUGUGUUGGUGGCCACAGCCACGCCAGCAUCCAUCAAAGGUGGCGCUGCCUUUGGCGGUCUCGUCACGUCUAUGGUAAUCAUCGGACUCGGAACCGGGGGGAUCAAGGCAAACGUCACUCCUUUCUGUGCGGAACAGUAUCAGAAGGUGCAUGCAUAUGUGAAGACGUUGAAGUCGGGGGAGCGCGUGGUAGUGGACCCUAAUUUGACUGUAGAGCGAAUGUUUAUGUGGUUCUACUGGGCGGUUAAUAUCGGCGCCUUGUCGCCCUUGAUCACCGUCAACGUCGAAGCCAAGGCCUCUUUUUGGCUCGCAUUUCUCAUUCCUCUCAUAGUCAUCGUCAUUGUUGGAGUCUUAUUCGUCGGUAGCAGCAAACUGUUCCUCAAAACAAGACCACAAGGCUCGCCCAUUGUGGAUGCAGCGCGGACAGUUCGUAUUGCUCUUGCGGAAAAGAGCUUUGAGAACGCCAAACCCAGUCAUCUCCGGGAGCACGGAAAGCUAGAUCGGUACCCGUUUGCUAAUCGCGCCGAAUACACAGACUACACGGUUGAGAAGGUGAAAACCGGGAUCACGGCCUGCAAGCUCUUCCUCCUUUUCCCCUUCUACUUCAUCUGCUGGACCCAGAUCUGGAACAACCUAAUUUCACAAGCGGGGCAAAUGGCCCUGCACGGGACACCGAAUGAUCUUCUACAAAAUCUCGAUCCCAUUGCUCUGAUUAUCUUCAUUCCUCUCUUAGACUUCAUUGUAUACCCUGUACUUCGACGAUACAAGAUCAACUUUCGGCCAGAACUGAGGGUAACCGCCGGAUUCAUCUUGGCGUCACUGUCCAUGGUUUACGCCUCCGUCCUUCAGCAUUACAUAUAUAACUCUCCGCCGAACAGCAUCCAUGUCUGGCUCCAAGCCCCCGCCUAUGUCCUCGUUGGAUUCUCCGAGGCAUUUGUAAUUAUCACGGGUUUGGAGAUUGCGUACACCAAAGCACCAGAGAGCCUCCGGUCUCUCGUUUCGGCCCUGUUCUGGCUUACUAUUGGUAUUGCCGCUGCUAUCUGUAUCGCACUGGCACCGGUCUCUCAAGACCCGUAUCUGGUUUGGAUGUAUGGAUCGCUGGGGAUUGUGGGAUUUGUUGCGGAGUGUAAUCGGCACAUGACAUGCUUGAGAGGGACCGAACCAAUCCCCUUCGUUAUCGGGGAUGCUGCCCCACAGAUAUCCGGAUGGACCCGAAUGCGCCAAUCGGAGGGCAGCAGCGCGGCAAUUGUCCUCCAUCCCUGCCGUCCACGUGUGCCUGGAAAGCCGAAAGCACCAAUGGCACGUGAUAGCAUUGUCAUUCUGGGUGCGGGGAUUAUCGGGCUCAACGUCGCCCUGGAGCUGUCGAAGCGCGGAUAUGGACGCCACAUUACGGUGAUCGCAAAGCACCUUCCGGGAGACGUCCAUGUGGACUAUACGUCGCCCUGGGCGGGAGCCAAUUUCUCCGGGAUAUCGGGGAAUGAUCCGAAUGCAUUGCGCUGGGACAAGGCUGGGUAUUUGUCUCUGAUGCAGCUCAUUGAUAGCGGCGCCGAGGAAGCAAAGUACCUUUCGAAGACGCAAUCGAUAGAGUACUGGGAUGAGCAGCCGUCUCCUGAAAAGAUACAGAGCGUGACUGAAUAUCUCCGUGAUGUCGAAACUAUCCCCAAAGCCGAACUGCCACCAAAUGUUGCGUUUGGUCUCCGGUUUACAACCAUCACACUCAACGCACCCGCCCAUUGCAUGCAUCUCAAGUCCCUGCUUUCGCAGGAUCGGUAUGGCUCGAUCAAAUUCGUCAGACAUACCGUGCAGUCCUUACAAGACGCAUUCAUAUCUCCCGACACGAAAAUCGUAUUCAACUGCAUCGGAAACGCGGCCAUCACUCUUCCGGGCGUCCAAGACCCCAAGUGCUACCCGACACGGGGCCAGAUCGUCCUCGUCCAGGCUCCCUCGCUGAAACAAAACGUCAUGCGCCACGGCAAAGACUACGAGACAUAUAUCAUUCCUCGACCGGAUUCUGACUCCACUGUCAUCCUGGGAGGAUAUCUCCAGAAGGGUGACUCGGACAGCAAUGUCCGGGAGCACGAAAGGCAAUCAAUUCUGCAGAGAACCGGGGAUCUGCUGCCUGUAUUGAAGAAUGGCGAGACGAAGAUCCUAAAUGUUGCUGUGGGUUUCCGGCCGUCUCGACAGGAUGGUGCUCGCGUCGAGCGCGAAGAGAUCCACGCUGGCAAAACGGUGGUGCAUAAUUAUGGUGCUGGGGGAACUGGAUAUCAGGCGGGAAUGGGCAUGGCGCAGGAUGCAGUCAACUUGGUGAAGGGUAUUCUGGACUCUCUGCCGCUGCGGAGCACAUUAUGA